GAAGCCAAACUCAAGUGAAGUGAGCUGAAAGCUGAUCAUCAAGAUAUAGCUAGCUUACGCAGGCAGCAUUAGCUGAGACUUGAGAGAGCAGUUUGGGAGCAAGCAAGCAAGCAAAGCCAUAGCAAUGGCGGAUCGGGUGGCGAAGUUGGCGUCGGAGCGGGCGGUGGUGAUCUUCGGGGCGAGCGAGUGCUGCCUGUGCCACGCCGUGGAGACGCUGUUCCGGGAGCUCGGGGUGAGCUGGGCCGUGCACGAGGUGGACCGCGACGUGGAGCGGGCCCUCGCCGGGAUGAUGGUGGGCCGGAGCCGGAGCCGGAGCCCACCAGUGCCGGCCGUCUUCAUCGGCGGCAGGCUCGUCGGGCCCACGGACCGGGUCAUGUCUCUGCACCUCGCCGGCCAGCUCGUGCCGCUGCUCCGCCAAGCCGGCGCACUCUGGCUCUGAUCAAACCCUGAAUUUCUUCACAACUCUGCUACUUUGAUUUUGGAAACUGAAACUGGAAAGGUCGUCCAAUUCACUUAUAUGUACUAGUACAUCAACAGCCGUACGUAGAGUACGUGCUCUUUCGGGUCUUGCUGUACUACCUACCUCUUCCUCCUGUUAACAUGAUGCAAGAGAGCCGGAGAUGGAAGGAAUGUUGUGUGGAUUAAGAGGAUGUUCUGAGAAAGGCUAGAUCGCGCUAGCACUUCUUAUCGAAUUGGCCUGAUGCAUGUGUUACUUCAUAUAUGGUGCAUGCGGCAUGCCAUCGCUUUUGGCCGAUUUUACCGUAUCGUGACCACCUACAACAGAAAAGCAAUCUCAUCCUGAUGACCGGUUCACGAUGCAGCCUCACCUCCAUUUGGAGGGAUAGCCCAGCACUACCAAUCACCAAGCUUUUGUGCGUAUUUUCGAACGGAUGAAUAAUGUUUCCACGGUAUCAUCACCAAACAACAUUUGUUUACACUUACAGCAAGCAUGUUUGCAGUCCAGCAGCGUGUUCUUUCCAUCCCAGCUUGACUGAACAUAGCAGCGAAAUGAUACUAUACAAACAUUGGUCUCGGUCAGGAAACAUGUAACAAAUUAAGGAACAUUGCAGCGAAAUAACGACUUGAUAUAACUACUUGCUCCAUGCUCAAGUACAUAAUCGCAGCGCUAAGAUACAUACAGGGAGAAAGAAGAACACUGACUGAAGCUAAUACAAAUAAAUGACUCCAUAACGCGACUCAACACACAAAAAAAGAAAGAAAAGAAACAAAA